CCGCGAGCACCGUCAUCAUCGCAAAGUUGUGGCGGAGAAGAAAAAUGGCGCGUGUUUGCGAGCGGUCCUAUUUUCGGUAGAUUUUACCCCGGCAAAGUGCAUCGUAUCCCUUGUAAAUUAGUGCCUAAGUGAAGCCCCGGCGCCGGUGUAAACGGGAGUGUUAAAAUUCUGUGCGAAAGUGCAAAAUUCGAUCGCCAGUCGUGGAUUGAAUCUUUUUCCGGGACGGACGACUACGGUCUUUCUCUGCUGAGCAGCAGCGGGCGGGGACUUCUUUACCGCGUCGUUGUUGUUUUCCCGGGGUGAAUGAUGCUGAUGAUGAUGACGGUUCCCCCUUGCGUGACUGUGACACCAACACAAGUGCGUGUUCUUUGUGAAUGAUUGCGUGCGACACCACUACUAGCAAACGCGAUCGCGAUGUGUUUUGUUAUGAAUAUGAAUGACCUCCCGCCUUGCACAAGUUGAUAAACAGAAAGUUGCUGGCCGUUUUUUAGCUUCGGUAAACGUGCAAUUUUAUGGAAGUGCAGAUUGGAUUGCUGAAGAAGAACAGUGCUCUUAUCAAUUUGGGUAAUACUCGUCGAAAAAGUGCAACGUUUCUCAAGAAAAAUAAUCUCCAGGUGUUAAAUAACUACGUAAGAAGAAUAGAGUAAAAAUUAAUAUUGUCGGUUUCUAAUUGGUAAGAGUGACAUGGCGACCGCUACUGCUGAUUCGAGCGCGCUCGAUUAUGUGGUGAAGUGAAGAAGUGAACAAAGUGCUAGUACAUCGUGGAAGGAAGAAGGCCGAACCCGCCGGGUUUGGUUGGUAGCUGCAGCGCGCCCUAAAUGUCGGAGGCAUGGUAUCGCCCUCCAAGACGAAAUAUUCGAGGGUCGCAGCCAAUCAACAGCAGAGAACGACGUCUUCGAAUAAAGUGAAACUCGUGAAAGGCCCAAGACCCUUGAUACAUCAUCGUUUCUACUUGGACAUCCAGCGGUACCAGCUAGCGAACGAGAUCGAAACCACCAUCAAGGAACUCGGCGGUCAAAUCGAAUUCUUCCUGAACAAAGAGAUCACACAUUUCAUCACCGACAAAGACUACCAGAACCCGCAGCAGAUUCCACGCAGAGGACCGGAGUCGGACAGUGGCCAAUCCAGUCAGCAGCUACUUCAACAGCAACAACAACAGCAACGCCCUGCUACUCCGACAACUCCGCAGACUCCGAGGACACCGCUAUCGUACGUGUACCAUCCGCAUCUGCAGCAGUAUGUAAACGAGGCUUCGCCUUCGUCACCAUGUAUUGGCGGUACACCGAAUCCGACGCAGCCUGGACUGGCACUGGCCAGCGGGUCUACAACCACCAAACCAUCGAUACCGCGCAGCCGUGCGGAUGCUAUGCUCCAGCGAGUCCGACAACAACAACAGCAGCAGCAAUACAACAGUAACAACCCAUCGAGUGCACCUCCGAGUCCUUGCAGUCCUGCACCCGGCAUCAACUCCGGCUUCCGCUCGAACCAGCAGCAGUCCGAUCGCCUCCAGCAGUCACCGGCCCAUCUGGCCAAGUCCUGGGGUAAACCCAUCUGGACCACCGAGUACGCACUAAAAUUCUUCAAGAAGGUCAUCGAAACGUGCAGCGCCAGUCGAGGCCACGAUCUCCCUCCGUCGCUUUCGAAAUCGGCUUCAGCCUCGGAGCCCGCUCGAAAGCCGACCAACGUCCAACACCUCCGAGGAGAUUUCAUAAAAAUCGAAUCCUACCAGCGGCACUACCGACCGGCCUUCCAGCUGUUCAAAAAGUGGCCGGUGUUGAACCUCAACGCCCGGUCCAGUGCGUCCCCAUUCAACAGUAACGUCCGGGAUCGGGAUCGUGACCGCGAUCGAGAUCGAGAUCGCGAUCGGCCCAGUCCGAAGGUAGCCACCGGGACCACCAACAAGGUUACGGCGGCGGCGGCGGCGCCGGUGGCAACGGUUCCAACCACCAGCACCACCAACCAGACCAAUGCCCACACGAAGCCGACGCAGCAGCAACAGCAACGGUGCGGGUAUUGCGAAAUCUGUCGGAUCGAGUACGACGUCCUGGCGAACCAUUUGGCCGCCGAGAAGCACAGUGCGUUCGUGAAGAACGAUGCCAACUUCGAGGCGCUGGAUAAACUGAUCGGUGAGGGGGGUGUCGAUUUGCAGACGUUUCUAGAGAACAACCCGGCUUCUGAGGUUCCGGAAGAGGUGAAAGAAGAAGACGAAAAAGUGGAGGAAGAACCUGUAGUGAGAGAAAAAGAAAAACUAAGUGAACGAGAAGUGCGACGAGACGCUGACAGUGUGGAAGUCAAAGUGGAAGAAAAAGAAACAGAGGUGAAAUGUGAAGAACAAAUUAGUAAGGAAGAGAAGGAAAAGACGAAUAAAGAAGAAGCAAAUCUAGAAGAACAGGUGGACGAAAACAAAAGGAUACUAAUUGGGGAAGAUCUUAGUGAACAAAAGCCACCGAAAGUGAUAAAAACUUACUCCAGGGGACGUAAAGGCAAGAAUCACCUUCUUGCAUCGGAAGAUCUCGCUGAAUCAGCCGGAUCGCCAACCAGAUCUCCAUCUGCCAAACGCACUUACGCCGGCCGGAAGCAAAAGCGUCGAGCGGCAGCACUAGCACUAGCAUCGAAAGCAUUUUCUGCAUCGCCAUCAGCCAGCCCCAAACCGGUGGACGACGAUCAGUUACCAGAGGUAGACACCGUCAAAGACGACGCCGUUCAUCCGCCGCCGGAACCAUCCAACCCUAAGGACGCGUCCGAAGCGCAAAUGUUUGGACGACGGUCAGCGAUCUAUCAUCAUCCUCACAACACACUCAAUCAUCACAAUCAUCAGAAGGUGAAAGCGGCCCGGCAGCUCCAACAGCAAGUGAUCCUCGGUGGCUCCAUUCCGUCUAGCACCAGCACCACCACCACCACCACCGGGGUCAUCGAUCCGGCAGCACCAGGAAGCACCGAAGACAUGAAAGUGCUCAACAACGAACCGAUCAAGAAUCAAUCGAAACGCAGCGCAGCGGACAGAAUGGGAUUGAAGGGGUCCAGCCUGAAACCGAACAACGUGGUCCACCAUCCGACGGUGGAGAUGCUCGAAUGCGAAGGGCUGGAUCCGAAGAACACCAAGCGGAUCAGUUUGGGCCUGCGGCAGAACCCGAAACGAGCGAACCUCAACGAAGAUUUCACCAGUUUGCUGGAUGAGACUUUGGGACCGAUGCGAAAACCUCGGGUCCGACGAGAGUCCGCUAAACGGGUAAAUUAUUCGGAACCCCGGGAGGACGAAAUUGCUUCCCAGGAAGAAAUUAUGCAGAGUAUUCUGGAGAAGACCGCAAAGGAAGCGAGUGAAAGCGCAGCCAAGAAGAAAAAGCCGGGAUCGCCGAAACGGCCACUGGACGUGAAGAUCCGGGGAAUUCAGUGGCGGGCACCUUCACCCCAGGCUCGUCCUCCGGUCAAAUCUCCUCUGCUCUACAAGGUCAUCGAUGACUCCAAAUCGAAGAGCAGAAAGACCGCUUCGCCGAUGAAGGGAUCCCGGGAUGGUGGAAGCCCCAGCAAAUCCACCAAAAACGGUCUGAUAGUCAAGAUUCGCCGGGUGCGGCAGUCGGAGCUCAGUUUACUAAACGACGAAGCCGAGAACUUCAUGUUCCCGAGGAAGGACGACAGUUCCGAUGAGGAGACGGACGAAGACCGCCAUACGACUUCGGAAUUGGGACCAGGCGAUCAGAGUCAGGACCUGCCGAGCAGCGAGCUGGACCACCGAAAUUCCAUUAGCAUGCGGAAAUCGAGUGGGACACCUUCUGGCAGCAGGAAGCGGACAUCAUCCUGCAAACUCCCCCCGCCGGAUUCGCCCAGUAAAAAGGCAGCUAAGGAUUCCGAUUCCGAAACUCCGCGGUCACGGCGAGCGGGAGCUCGCGGUCCAGCGGCGCUACUCCAGGACAACGCCGAGUAUUACAAAUUUCAAGACCCGGGAUCCAGGUUGCGAUUUCCGGAAGCCCCCAUCCAGCCAAGCCCCUCAACAAUAGAAGAUGAUGAAGAGGACGGUGCACCGAGAGCACCGCCGCAGCGACGUGGCAACAAGCGCUGCCGGUCUAAGACGCCGGCCGCCGCAUCCACGAUGACCAGCCAGAAGCAGCAGGAACACGACAUUCUGCUGGGGACCCGGUCGUCGCCCACUUCGCCCUACCAACACCAGGAGCAGCUGUUGAACUGCGGCAAAAACAUCAUCAACUACGUGAAGGGAAAGGAGGAUGGGAUGGGGGUGUUCCGAUGGAGUAACUUUAGGAAAAACUGCAAGGAAAUUGAACCGUAUCGGUUCGCGUUCGAGCGGGUUCCCUCGCUGGAACCGUGGUACGAGACGUUCCAGCGGCAGGACGACUGCUCGGAGCAAGUCUACGAAUACUUUGGAAAUACCGCAUACCGGAAACUGCCAUACGAGAUGGGGCCCCUGCCUCCACUGAAGCAAAACUGCUGCAUUCUCAACUACCGGAUGAAAUCGAAAACGCCGGAAGCGACCGUUCCUGGAAGUUCUGCCGCCAGCACCAGCAGUAGUAGUAGCAGUAGCACCACUUCCAGCAGUAAUGGUAAAGCGACAACUGCCGCGACUACUGCCGCCAACGACAAGGAACCACUGGCGCUUCCCCUCAAGAAGCGAAAACUCCUAGUCGAUUCCGAUCGUCCGCGGAAGAGCCCUCGGGAGCACGCUUCGACCUUGGCCAUUCUCAGCCUGCUGCACCAUCAACAGCAGCAGCACAACCGCCGUCGGACGAUCAGCAGCGGAAGUUCCAGUGUUCCGAUCGUGGCCGGUACCCUGCCCCCGCCAAGUCCCACCCCGUCGACAGCGUACAGCCCCAAGAAGGCGGCCAUCCAGGCGCACCAGCAGGAAGCGGAUUCUGCACUGGGAGACGAAAUUCGGUCAUCAUGUGGAAGCGACCCGGUCACCGAGAAGGAAGAACCUACCCCGAUCUGUACCGAGAAAAAGAUCAAGUUCGAUCCUCCGGUGAUGGAGGACAGCCACGUGAACUACAAGGUGAUGUGCCAAGAGCUGGACGUGUUUUUGAGCGAGAUGAGUGAAGGCGCGGCUGAUGAGGAGGAUGAGGCGUUUUUCGAGAUGAAGAAGUCGGUGCCAAUCGGGGAGGGGACGAGGGAAGCGUUGCGAAAGAAUCUGAGUGAAAUAGUCCGAGCCUGUGAUAAGGAAGCGCCGCUCAGUUUAAAGCAGGUCAGCCGGCGAGAAGGAGCCAUGCGGAAGAUCGUGCAGUACGACCGCAAACCGCGUCCGCUGAGUGCCGUGUCGAUCAAAUCGUUUGACGGCGGAGGAAGUCUGGACUGGACGGGAAGGACUGUGCUCUUCCGGAAGCGGAUUAACCGAACGGGUUGGCCGAAUGCGAAGAAGAGGAUUGUGACGAGAAAGCAACAGCAGUUGUUGGUGAAGAAAGAUGAUGGAGUAACUGAGGUGAAAGCCGAAGGAGAUGCGGAAGGAUCGAGAAAGUCUUCUACGGAGGAAUCGGCGAUCAGUGCAUUAACGGCGGAUUCCUCAAUGGUCAAGCAAGAGGAAGAGGAGGGAGAGGAAGAUGACGAAGAGGAGUUCGAGGAUACGAUGACCAUGCUGGACGAUGAGGAACCCAACGGGAAGAUGGAUACGCUUCUGACGGAUGAUGAGGAAGAAGUUGAGCCGGAAGUGGUUAAGAAGCCUGGAACUCCGGUCCCAACUAAAGUUGAGGAAUUGCGAAGCGCAAGUCGCCUGGACACCCGAGUCUUGCCGAGUAGCAGAUAUGUGACCAAGACGACAACGACCAUGACUAGAGUUGACUACAAUGUACCGGCUUCGUCCUCUAGCACUUCCGUCGUUGGUAAUUCCACCGAAGAUCAACCUGCGGCCGUACAAAACCACAUUUCCACCAAAAGCAGUAAAUCCUCCCAAGGCACUUCCGGCCCAGCGCCAACGGUGGCACCCGAGGAUGAUGAUAAGGAGUGCGACUCAAUCAGCUCCCGGAGUAUCUUCGUGAGCGAUGACUGUGAUACGACCUCGUCCACCCUGAUCAACAUGCAGUGCACCGAGGACCCCCUAGCCAUUGGUACCGGAUCUCAGCGGAACACUCCGCAGCCGACGGACGAGCUUUCCACCGAACAAUCUCGCCCGCCCCGACCAGCGUCCCGAGCCCGUCAGAAUACCACUCGCCAUCUCAUGUCCAAUCCGGUCGUUUGCAUCGAGAAGCUGACCUGCCCUACAAGCACGGCUGUCAUGAUGCGAACCCGGUCCUCGUCCCGAACGCCCAUCAAGAAAACGUACAAACGGUCGAUAUUCACCAGCGCCAUGGUAAACUCGGCCGGGAAGCCUCUGAAAAAGAAACGGAAAAAGAAGCACAAACUCACGAACGGCGUGGCCGCCGCAUCCACCGUGCCCGGGAAGUCACCAACACCUAGCUUUUCCGAAGAGCUGAACUCGGUUUCCAGCUCGUGCGAAGAACUGAGCCGGGACACUCCAACACCCCCGCGGAAGUCCAUCAAGGACCGACCGCCAACGCCGAGUCCUAUGAAAUUCUCCCCGCGCAAACUACGGAAACCCCGGGGCCGAUGGUACAGGGAACGAUAGGAGGUAAGUCCUUCCUAUUAAACGGUUAUGUGUCGUAUAUGCUGCGAUGGUAUUCGUGAAGAGAAGAAGUAUGUGUAGCCACUUCCGGCGGUUCCUCCCAGAGAAGAGCAUUUCCGUUUCACUUUGAGUUGUUCCUGUUGCUGAUGGCACUCGCUUGACCCUUUGGGAACCCCCCGGAGUGGGAGACUGACCACAAUCCGACCUUCUUUUCGCCCACGAUCUUUUUUUAUUUAGUUUUGUACUAUUCUAUUACGUUUACUGUGUCAAUUGAACAUGAAGCCCCGGUACAAGAAACGCUAUUUAACAAAUUCUAGGCUAUAGUUACCCCCCUUCCUACUUUUACCUAGGCCCCCCUUAGCAAUUACAAGAAAUGAAACGUACGGAAAAGGCAUCUUUAGUUUGUACAUUACGCGCGCGCUGGAUCCCACUUUCCCCUAGAAUAACCCAACGAGACAAAGUUGCAAAACUACCCAACCUCCCUCUCCCCCCGUAGCUAAUUUACACACCACGAAAGGAAAAAAAAUCAAGAACAGUUAGAAUAGUGUAGAUGUAUUGAAAUACCAAUUGUGUAUAGGAUUGUAUCAUGAAAUGAGAAACAGAGAGAGAGAGAAAAAGCUAGGAAUCGCAGUAGUCCCAUAUCUAGGAAUGUAGGAAUCAUGGCCACCGUGGAAGGCAAAUCAUUUUAAAUUAUAACCAUUACGCUGACAAGAAGAAAACUGGACUAAGCAGAACGAUUAAACGCUCUUGGACAGAUGAAAAACAGAAACAAAAAAAACUACAACAAACAAAUCUUAUCAUAAAGUGUAAUAAAACUGAGACGAUGUUCAAAGAAAAAAUGAAAAUCAUAAAAAUAA